CUGUGUCAUAGGAGAACAAAAAAAAGGAAAACAAACGCGUUACCUACAAGCCGACAAUUUGAACAAUUAAAUAUUAAAGCCAAUAUGCCACUGCUAGAGAACAUUGAAGCCAUGACCGUAAACACGCCACCAGCGCCAACGGCAGAAGCGGACGACCCACACCAGGAGCAGCCCGUACGCGAGCUAACACAAACGGAUCACCUAAAUAAACGCUUGUUGAAAUCGUUGCUGGAUUCGAUGCAAUCCGCAAUCGAACCGCAGGAUGAGUCAACUGAAACCGAAUCAGGCGGCAGCGACUUCGACGAUUGAAACUUUAAUAUAUACACUUAAUUU